ACUCCUCUCUUCCUGCCUGCCUACUCUCUCCUUGUUGUCCAUGGCUCCAUGCCUGUGCAGCAAGGCCAUUCAACAGUGCGGUGAGUUGGAUCGGUGCUCCACGGUGCCAGCUCAAUAAAACGCAGACGUGGAGGGUGUCGCGGCGCCCCUGCAAAGCACCUCGCCCCCACGCAGAGCGCCGCACUUCCUCCUCUCGGCGAGUCCGCGCGCGCCGUCACGAGGUGAAGUUCCGCGCACUGAGGAGCGCGUGUCCUAGACGCGCGCAUGCCCUCGCGGCGGACGGAAGGUGGAAUCCCGGAUUCGCCCUCCAAAAUCGCCCUCCCGCCACAACUAUUUGGUCGACGCUUGCCCUAUUCCGUCGUUGCCACGCUCGAUUUCUCCCUCGGAUUCGUAGGUAGGUCUCUCUCCGGCCUCACCAUCGCCACCCUGAAGUCCCAAUCCAUGGCGGCCUCUCCAUCGCCUCCCAUGCUUGCUGCAUUCAUUGUUCAAGAAUCAAACAAAUCCAUUGCAAGCUCAAGAAUUUGUAGCCCAAAACUACAUUCACGCAAUCAUCAAGAAAAUAAUCUACAAACCAAUCCGAACCGUACGCAAGAACUCCCCGUCAACUCCGGUCAAUCCUUGGUUGACGAACUCGAGAACCAAGGAGAAAACAAGAAGCAAGAACCCCAGAAACCCAAGAACACACCCAGCGAAAAGUUCGCCCCUCCAUGUGGAUUCAAGAACCAAGAACCCCAAAAAGUAGCACCCGGCGACGGGGCGGCGGCGAGCUCGCUAUCGCCUCGGGAGGAGGUGGGGGGGAGAGGGAGGCGGAGGCAUGUGUCCCCUCCUGACGACCGGAGUUGACGGGAGACCGCGUCGCCACCCCCCGAAGCCCACCGCCGCGGACUUCAUGUCUCCCACCGCCGCGCCAGCCGCUCCCCCCGGGGAUGCCUCCCUCCGCCUCACCAGCCACCGCCACCGGGGACACAUCCCACCGCCGUGCCAGCCACUGCCGCCUGGGACGCCUCCGGCUGCCGUGCCAGCCGCCGCCGCGAGGGGUUGGAGAGAGCGAAGCGGUCGAGGGCUAGGCAUCCGCCUGCGCGCUGGGUUGGAGAGAAGGGUAGGUGAGAAAUAAAUUUUGCUCCGCUACCCGUGUCCAAAAGCAUAGGGUCACGCCCACUGUGGGCUUCGUUUCCUUCAUCAGUGUCUCCAUCCAACUAAGCCACACAUAUAUUGGUGCUUGCACUGUAGGGUGAGUGUCUUUGGGCUAAUUUUUUGGGCUAGGGGUACGGGCCCCAUAGCUUGCACGAAUAUUCAUGGGGCACCUAACCUAGCUUUGACGUCUCUAAAAUCUUCUUUUUUUUAAGGCAAAACGGUAUGAGAUUGCGUCUUUUCAUUGAAUAUAGCAUGAGAAAAAUAUAACCCUAGGGGUAAGAAAAGAAGAAAAGCUCUAUACACUAUACAGAGUAGGGCAAAAAAAUCACGUAAGCGUUUUGCUCCUACCAUCGCCCAUGUCCGUGUAAAAUCAAAGUGUGUUUGAUUCUUAUUCUGUGAUGAACAAUUGGCAUAUGAGAUUAUUGGUUUUGAUAUUUGGAGAUUAUUGGCGAGUGGUUUUGGAGAUGAUUGGAUUUUCAGGUGAUAUACAGGUGCUGCUGUUUUGUCUGGUCCAGUCAGACCGAUCAGGUGUUGCCGGUCAGACCGACGCUAUGCGAGCGGUCAGACCGGCCAGCUCACAGUUUGACCGGCUGACUCUGUGUUGGUUUUGGUUUCGGGUUGUUUCAUUGGAUAUCCGUGAUUAAUAUGUGUUUAUGGCUUCUAGAUGGAUACUAUGCGUAUGUAAUACUGUUGUUUGCUAACAAUGAGUCAAGUUGGAGAUAGCUUAGUCUCGGAAUAUGAUUUCUUUGUUUGAUUUAUGUGUAGGUGUCUUGAUGCCUCAGGAGAGUAUUGCCGGUGAUGGAUCGGGAGUCGACUUGGAGAUAAGGCAACGUCCGGAUGGUCAGAUAUCAUGCGGGAUAUUCAGGCUAAAGAUCAAUGCACAUGGUUGGUGAAGAUUCCAUAUGACAUACGAUAGAGAUAUUGGGUGUGUAUAGGAUGUGAAGUCGAAUUUGGAAUGAGUCCAAAUUUGGUACAAUUUGAGUUUGUAAAGUUGGUUUCUUGUAUAGGAAGGUUUCCUAGGUGGAUUAGGACUUCUUGUAUGAGUUUGGUUUGUGGCUUUAGGCUGCCUAC